AUGGCUAGCCGCCACGUCUUCACCCAGCGACUCAAAUCGGGAGUCAUAUUCUCAGCCCCAGGCAACUUGAUGGCCAUGCCCGAGGGAGGUUGGGGUGACGAUACACCCAUAACCCGGCCGAAAAAGCCCAAGAGAAAAUUCCAAGGUCGUGGUCUCGAUCAUUUCUCUCACUGGGUAGCAAAGGUGACACUUGGUGACGAGCCAAACGAUAAUGUCGACUCCAUCAUGCCGGGUAACGAUACCCGGGGCAUUGGAAAUGAAUACAGACCCUACUCAUUAUCGCCAUAUCCCGAGAUCGAGGUAGAGACUGCGGUGCCGAAAAUACCUGAGGUGACGCUAUGUCUACCGAUGCUCAGUGUGUCCUUGACGGCGACUGUUGAUGGUACAGUCGCUCAUACAGAGCUGCUACAGAAGUUCCACAACCCUUCUGAUGUGACAAUCGAUGCUGCGAAACAUGUGUUCCCUCUCUAUGAUGGAGCUGUCAUCAUCUCCUUCGAAUGCACUAUUGGCGAUGAGCGUCGCGUCCGAGGCGUCGUCAAGCCAAAGGUACAAGCACGGAAGGAGUUCGAAGAAGCAGUCCGCGAUAAAGUGGCAGCUCCCGCUCUCUUGGAAGAGCAUACACCUGAGAUCUUUGAAACUUCUCUUGGAAACAUUCCUGCCAACACGACCGUGGAGAUCAAGAUUACGUACGUCCAAGAGCUCAAGGUCGUCAUGAUGGAGUCAGAAGCAACUGAGGGUAUAGCUCUCACUAUUCCAAUGUCUAUCGCUCCACGCUACAGCAAGGCACCAAUUGAAUGGGAGCCAGCAUCCAGAGUACCAGAGGAGAGGCUAGACAUAUGGAUCAAGGUUCUUGACAAUGGCAAAGUCAACCACGAGGGAUGUGACGAGGAGUCAGGUCACCUCCUGCAAUUUGAGGGAUCUAAACCUGCCGAAUACUCCACCCAGUCCGAAAGAGAUGCAGCACCGAGAACCUACUAUGUCUGGCAUCAUGUAUCCGAGCCAGCCGUUCUCAGAAAAGACUUUGUGUUUGUCAUUCAGAUGAACGAAGGCCAUCAGAUCAAGUCUCGAGCCAUCGCCUGUCCCGCAGAUGACAAUGGCCUUGCUGCCAUGAUGGUAAACAUUCGCCCCAACGAUCUUUUCCGAAAUGCCAUCAUGCCACAAUCAUUCACUGGCGAAAUUCUGUUCCUUCUUGAUCAAUCUGGAUCUAUGGGUUGGACAAACGGUUCACCAGAUUACGUCAGACGUCACACCGUAGCACGAAAGAUCGAUGUCAUGCGUGAGGCAAUGCUGCUAGCUCUUUCAGGCAUACCAUCGACUUGUGUCUUCAAUGUCAUCUCCUGGGGAUCGGCAACAAUGGGCCUAUGGGAGACUUCGCGACCUCAUACCAAGGAGAACAUUAGAGAAGCAAAGAGUUACGUGUCUCAGGUGGAGGCUGACAUGGGCGGAACGGAUCUCCUUCGUGCAUUGGAGUCCACCUUGAAGCGGCGAGUGCAGGAUAGAGGAUCAACGCAGAUCAUCAUUCUCACAGAUGGUGAACUAGAGCCGGAAGACUCUAUACAGUUCAUCUGGAAGAAACGUCAGCUAUUCGGGGACAGUAUUCGAUUCUUUGCCCUAGGUAUCGGCGACGAAGUGUCUCAUCGUCUGGUCGAGAGUAUCGCGGAGUGUGGUGGUGGCUACAGUGAUGUAGUCCAUACUACGCAGACCCCGAGAUGGCAUGAUCGAUUGAACCGUCUGUUGAAGUCGGCUCUGGAGCCGAACAGUUGGAGUUGCGACAUUGACCUAGGUAGCGGAUUUAAGCGGAAGAGUCUGGUCGAUUACAAUAUUGGGCAUGGUCAUCCUGCGGAUGGUGACAAGGCCCCUUACAUCCAGGCCCCUUUCCCAAUCUCAUCACUCCAUCCAUUCAGCUUCGCCUCAAUAUCUUUCUUGAUCGAUCUUCGCCACGGUGGCCAGCUCCCCAAAACUGUCACCAUAAGCACAACAACUCCAAACGCAAAAAAGAAAACCUACGAGCUUCCCAUCGAGCCAGCAUCAGGUAAUGACCGCACAAUCCAUCGCCUAGUCGCCAAAUCUGUUCUGCUUGAUCUUCAAGAUCAGAUCAAGCGCGGAGCCACCGAAACAGAAGUCGCCAAGGCAAACGCAGAGAAUAUUGGCAUGACAUAUUCCAUCACCAGCAAAUGGACGAGCUUCGUAGCCAUCUCAGAGAAUCAUCCUACUCAGACAGUUGAAGAGCAGAAGAUGAACCAUUACAAGGCACUCUUGGACGAGAUUGACAUCGACGAGCUCCUCAACAACGUCAGCGGUGGUGAGACUUCAUCUUACGGUUCCACCGCCGGCUCCUCCAGCAAUAUAGCCUACGGUGCCAGUCAAAGCCCCCGAAUGAAAAGUACGGUCGGAACACCAACGUCUCAAUAUCAUAUGAUGCCGGAAAUGUCGAUCCUCGAGUAUGCGAGGAGUAUCCCACCAGCUGGUACCAGCCCAGUACCGGUUCCUAUGCCUAAGCCAUGUCCACCAGCACGAUCGCCAGCUAUAGUGAGCUUGCCACCUUAUUCUAUGGGUGGUAGUCGAGAUGAACGUUCUGAUCUUAGGCAAUGUUCUUUAGAGGAUGACGAUGAGCCCGAAGCUCUAUACCCUCUGAUGUCUCAGCAAAUGAGCGACCCAAAGCAGGAGGAACCGCAGGGAUCUGUUGAUAGAAUUACAGGUCGGAGUCUUAGGAUCUCUGACCGUUCGAAUGAGGUACCUGGGCGGAGCCCUUACGAAGACCUGGACUCUAGUGGUUCCCUAGCUCAGGAGGCGAGUGAUGUUCGCAUACCCACAAGAGAGCGCGUCCAAAACAGUUCUCCAGAUUCUAUUUACGCGGACUUCCCUCUUUAUCCUAAUGACUCUGAUUGGCAACAAGCAUCAAGAUUGGAUCGCACGCGAGCAGAUACUACAGACGACAGCCAGUCAGAUCUACCACCGCCUAUCGAAGAAUUCACUCAGAGUCGCGAAGCUUCCGCUGGUGCAACUAUACCACCUGGUUAUGACUCGCCCGAUCAUGCAGUCUCUGCAUCACAGGUACUGCCAAUCAAUACUAGACACCCAUACGGCACACGUUCCCGUAACAGAACUGGUACGUCGCGUAUUAACUACGCCGAGGACAGGGACAUUGAUGGCGAUGUUUAUGACUACUAUCACGACAAAAAGGACCCUCCGCCCCUCAAGCCUAACAGCCCAACCCCCCAACCUAUCAUCUCAUCUAGAAGACUUAGUGUGACAUUCAAUCAACCAAGGAGAGAUGUCAAGACAAUCGUUGUCGGUGGGCCCAUGAGCUCACCCAGACACGACCGUGGAAGUGCCAUACCUGCAACCUUUCACGAGCCAGAGGAACCACAGGUAUCUGAUGAUGGUUUCAAGUCAAGAUUGCGAGGUCGCUUUGAUAGGUCACCGAGCACCACCAUGCCUAGCGAUUCUCUGGAAUUUGUUUCCGGAUCGACCUCGGAAAGGACAAAAAUGGACGAGCGCACCUCAGAGCCACCGAACACGUCAGACCUACCAUCAUCUAUGUCAAAAGGCUCUUCUGUUCAGGAGCUUUCGGACCCUCUUCUGCCAGGGACACACAGCGGCAUAUGUCCCAGCACAGUGUCUAAGGUUAGGGAGUAUUCCUCGUAUAAUUGGGCAAUGCCGGAGAGUGAUGACGAGAGUGCUGCUAGUGGUCCUCAAUACCCUACCUACAGAGCUCAUCCCAUUUCCCGGCCCUGGAGUUAUCAACACCCUGGCUCGCGGUCUCCAAACAGUGACGUGGAGGGAGAAGAGGCGACAAACGGCUUCCAGUACACGGCGGGCGGUUACCCUUCCGACUGGGAUGAUGGUUCAGAAGGCAAUUCAAUUAGUCUGCACACUUCAGAGCCAUUCUCAUAUUCACCAAAUCGUUAUGGCCCUCUUGACUGGCAAUUCGCGAUGGAGUGUCAAGACGGGCAGGGUCUCUUCGAUCUAGAUGAGGAAAGGCCAUCUCUGCACUUACACUUUUGUCCAGAGACCGUGACGAAGUUCGGUCCUAAGAUUUCUGAGCUUCUGUCUAAUUCCUCGACCCCGAAAGAAGAGAGGGGUGAUGUAUCUGCCAGGAUACUUGACACAUUGAUGAUGGUCGAGUGCUACAAAACUCAUCGGGCGCAGGAGGAAGAUACCUGGGACCUGAUGAUGGAGAGGGCAUGGGAUGCGGUUACAUCGGUCCUUGGACUGUCAGAUAAGGAAGAAACACUGGAAGAAUUGGCGGGCCAAUUGAGGGGAGCUAUGAUGCAUGCGCACUAUGUUGCAGCCACAGGAGUGAAGGAUUCGGAGAAGGAUGACAGUUCUGUGGAGGCAGUGAGAUGCCCAGCCUGCCAUGUGGUAUGGCGAACAACAAGACAGUUCUUUUGUCCUUUUGAUGAUGAGUCUGGCGACCACGCCGAUGAGUUUUCGAGGUGGGGUGAUUUUUGGAGCCAUCAGGUGCACAAGGGACAUGUUGUUUGUCCUCGGGAGGUUAUAGAUCAGUGGUGA